GCCCACCGAGCGCCAGCCGAGGGGCCGCUGCGAGCCGAGUGUGGCGGAGCCUGCCUCGCCCCCCCCAGCUCGACCCGUCGGCCGCCUGCCCCGCGAAUCUGUUGCGUCCCCGAGCGCCCCGGGACCCGACGGCCGCACGAACGUCGUCCGUGAGGGGAAGGCAGGGCCAGCCGGCGCCACCUGCGGAGAGGACCGGGCGGCCGGGCCUGCGUGGGGCUGCGCGGGGCGGCGGCUGCGACUCCGGGGCCCGGGCCGGACAGCGCAGGGCCAUGGCCGAGGCGGCCCCGGCGCCGACUUCUGAAUGGGACUCCGAGUGCCUUACAUCCCUGCAGCCUCUUCCUCUUCCUACACCCCCAGCAGCAAAUGAGGCACACCUGCACACAGCAGCCAUCUCCCUGUGGACGGUGGUGGCCGCUGUGCAGGCUAUAGAGAGGAAGGUGGAGGUCCACAGCCGGCGACUGCUACACUUAGAAGGCCGGACAGGGACAGCAGAGAAGAAGCUAGCCAGCUGUGAAAAGACAGUGACCGAACUUGGGAACCAGCUGGAGGGCAAGUGGGCUGUGCUGGGGACCCUGCUGCAGGAGUAUGGGCUGCUGCAGAGGCGGCUGGAAAACUUGGAGAACCUGCUGCGCAACAGGAACUUCUGGAUCCUGCGGCUCCCUCCUGGUAUUAAAGGAGAUAUCCCAAAGGUGCCUGUGGCAUUUGAUGAUGUCUCCAUCUACUUUUCCACUCCAGAGUGGGAAAAAUUAGAAGAAUGGCAAAAGGAACUUUACAAGAAUAUCAUGAAGGGCAACUACGAGUCUCUGAUCUCCAUGGAUUAUGCCAUGAAUCAACCUGAUGUCUUAUCUCAGAUUCAACGAGAAGGAGAACAUAAUACAGAGAACCAGGCAGCACAACAGGAAAGUGAGAUUUCUACAGAUCCCAGUGAAGAGCCUGGUAUUUCAACAUCAGAUAUUCUGUCUUGGAUUAAACAAGAGGAAGAGCCUCAAGUUGGGGUCCCACAGGAGUCCAAGGAGAGUGAUAUAUACAAAAGCACCUAUGCUGAUGAAGAGCUUGUUAUCAAAGCUGAAGGCCUUGCUAGAGCCUCAUUGUGUCCUGAGGUUCCAGUCACCUUCUCAUCUCCAACAACAGCAGCAGCAGCAGCAAAGAACGCUUUUUCAGAUGUGGCUUUCAAGAGCCAGCAGUCUGCAUCCAUGACACCUUUUGGACGUCCAGCCACUGACCUGCCUGAAGCCUCUGAGGGACAAGUGACUCUUACUCAGUUGGGUAGCUACCCACUUCCACCUCCAGUUGGGGAGCAAGUGUUCUCAUGCCACCACUGUGGCAAGAGCCUCAGCCAAGACGUGUUGCUUACCCACCAAUGUAGCCACGCAGGUGAACACCCCAUACCCUGUACCCAGUGUCCUAAGCACUUUCCUCCACAGGCCAACCUCAGCAGCACCUCCCAGGACCAUGCCAGUGAGACACCCCCCACCUGCCCCCACUGUGCCAGGACUUUUACUCACCCGUCAAGACUCACCUACCAUCUGCGGGUUCAUAACAGCACUGAGCGCCCUUUCCCCUGUCCUGACUGUCCCAAGCGCUUUGCCGACCAGGCUCGACUCACCAGCCACCGGCGAGCUCAUGCAAGCGAGAGGCCCUUCCGCUGUUCCCAGUGCGGCAGGAGCUUCAGCCUGAAGAUCAGCCUCCUGCUCCACCAGCGGGGGCAUGCGCAGGAGCGGCCUUUCUCCUGCCCUCAGUGUGGCAUCGACUUCAACGGCCACUCAGCCCUCAUCCGCCACCAGAUGAUCCACACAGGCGAGCGUCCUUACCCAUGCACGGACUGCAGUAAGAGCUUCAUGCGCAAGGAGCACCUGCUGAACCACCGGCGGCUGCACACGGGCGAGCGGCCCUUCAGCUGCCCGCACUGUGGCAAGAGCUUCAUCCGCAAGCACCACCUCAUGAAACACCAGCGCAUCCACACCGGGGAGCGGCCCUACCCCUGCUCUUUCUGCGGCAGAAGCUUCCGCUACAAACAGACGCUCAAGGACCACCUGCGUUCGGGCCACAAUGGAGGCUGUGGGAGUGAUAGUGACCCAUCCAGACAGCCACCUGACCCACCAGGCCCCCUCUUAACUGGGCUCCAAACUUCUGGUUUAGGUGUUAACACUGAAGGUCUAGAGAACAACCAGUGGUAUGGGGAAGGGAGUGGAGGGGGAGUUUUGUAAAUCUCUGGCCUCAUAUCUAUCUGUACCUACAGCAGGGCAGAACAUCCAAGAGAAAGCCCACGAGCUCCUCUGCCCCCCAGUAAUAACUGUGUGGCACGUCAGUGAAUUCGAGGUCCUAUGCACUUGACUAAAGACAUGCUUGUGUUUCAGAACUUAACGACAUUAUAAGAAUACCACAUUUUGAAGCCCAGAAAGAACUGGAAAGGAGCCCAGCAUCCCCAUCUUUUUGCUGGUACUACGAAAGCACAGGUUAUAUAUUGCAGAGAGGUUGAAAAGCAAGAUUUGACCUUCAGUUAUCCUGUUAUCACAGGAUAAUGGAUUGUUUAUAGAUUGUGUCUCUAGGUAGACACGGGUACGUGGGAAGAGUCUCCAAAGCUUGAAGCCCAUCAUGAGGCAUGAGAAUGUUUAACUAAAGCCUUUCAUUAAUUCUUUGAUAGGUAAGAUGGUUGUUGAAAGUGCUUAUGCCACUGUUUACGUUACUGCCGCCUCUUUCGAAUCCAGCUGAGAUCUGUUCACACGCUUAUGUAGCUGCCUUUCCCUGAAACAUGAUAACUUAAGACUGCCUUCCUUGGUUUCUAGAUUGAUUCUUCUAAUACAUUUUGUUUAAUAUUGGGUGAAUAAGAAAUCUGGGAGAACAGGUCUUAACUUUUACUAGCUUGAUUUGAAGUGUUCAGGCUCUUACUGGCAUUUAAACUGCCAGGAGCCUUUGCCAAGGUCCUGGUUUAAAAAUUGGGAGCAGUAUUCUUAUCCCCAGCUUUGAAAGCUAGAGAUUCUAGAGAAACAGCUGGCAUAACAAUGACAGAACUGCCUAAAAUUUGUGUCUGAACCAUGUUUUUACAGUCAUUUACGUAUAAUUCUUCCUUAUCUUUUCCAAGCCAGUAAGCUGGCUUUUCCAUUCCUGAUGUCUGCUAUUCUUGACAAUUGUCAGCAACACUUUCCAUGGCAUUAUGGAGUUGCAGAAAGUGCCAGUGAGCUCUUGGCUGUCAUUUCCUCAGUAGUGAGAUGUUGACAGUGUUCUCGUGCAGCUUUCUUGAGCCCUCAGAGUGUAUGCUCACCCCAUCUGGCUGUACCCAUUGGCAAUGGACAGAUCACUGAGAGCUAAGCACCAUGCAUAGUCAGACAGCCUGUUUCUGCUUCUUUUGCUUUUAGGGACUUUGGCUACCAUGUGUUCUUUUCUUGGAGUCACUCAAUCACCUGGGAGCAUCUGAGCCUGGUUCUUCUCCUAAGUGUCUUUGCAACUGGGUAUAAGUUCCUUUUCCUUUACAGAUCUCAAAUUUCCAUCUGCAAAAUGAGGCCGUUGAAAGGAAAAAUCUGAGCCUCUAGAAAUUAAAAAGGAAAAAAAAUGUUGUGAUACAUUUCUUCUCCUGCCAAAAUCCUGUCUGUUGUGGGCUUCUGUCCAGGCAAAACUAAAUAAGACAGCAAAAUCAAAGCAGAGAAAUUCUUGCUGAAACUUGACUGAAAUCAGCUUGAUUUGUUGUUUUACGCUUGCUUGGAGCAUGAGGUAGAAGUCAGAGAAUGCAGAAGCCCUACAUCUUGGGCAGAAAAGUUGUUUGUUCCUGCAUUCUUUGGGGACAUUUGCUUGAUCAACUGAUAAGGAAAGGACCCAAUUUUCCUUAUCGUCUAGCCCAAUCUUUACUCUGCCUGAUUAUGCAUGACUACACUAGGAAAAGGCAUUAGCCUAGCUAGCUUUGCUCCUGGGAAGGCACUGUCUGAACAUGCUGCUCUUGAGGAUAAUCACAUUUAUAGAAUAUCUGCUCCAUGACAUUCACAAUACCAGGGACCAUGGGAGACAUAAGAAAUGUGUGUGAGACUUAGUCUGUUGUCAUGACUUACAGUCUGUAGAUGAAAAAGCCCAAGGGCAUAGACCAAGGCAUGAUGGGCAGAACCCCAGCAUAUUGACAUUAGGAGCUUUCUGGCCAAAAUCUGGACCCGUGCCAUGGGAAAAUUUGGGGCUUCUGGCUUCAUUGGUGACCCUCCAGGAACCUGAGUAUGAGAUUCAGCUCUGGUUUGUACCUUGAUUUCCCCAAUGAAAAAGAAGUGUCGGGCCGGCCCGUGGCUCACUCGGGAGAGUGCGGUGCUGAUAACACCAAGGCCCCGGGUUCGGAUCCCAUAUACGGAUGGCUGGUUCGCUCACUGGGUGAGCGUGGUGCUGACCACACCAAGUCAAGGGUUAUAAGAUCCCCUUACCGGUCAUCUUUUAAAAAAAAAAAAAGAAGUGUCAAAGUACUAUCUUUAGUUGGUGAGCUCCCUUUUCUGGAUGGAUUCAAGCAUUUACCAGGUUGUGCUGGAGAACAGAUUUCUAUACAAGGUGUAAUGUGGGACUAGAUAACAUCUGAAAUUCUAUUUUACUCAGAGAUUUACCGAGGACACAGAGCUUUUUAAUAAAAGCAACCUGUGGAUUAAAAUGCUGCAGAUAAAUCCCAUAGUCCCUUCUGCAAGGAACUGUAGCCAGCAGGGACCUAAACUUUGGCAAAAAAGUGAACACAGUUCAGUACCAAUGAAGCAAAAGCUGUAAAGCUGAGUGAAAAAUGUGUAAGGCCACUCCAGAAAGAUAGAAGUAGGUGUUACCCUUGUCCUCAGCCCUAGUGAGAGGAGAGUCCAGCUAUUGCACAUUCUGUUCUCCAUUACCUCUGCCAAUUUCCUAACAGGUAGGACUCAGGUCAGCUCUAAAGAGAGUUGUUUGCUUAAGAUUCAAAAAUGGAUAAGUAAAAUGGAUCAAAGGAAAAGAUAAAGUCCAACAGAAAGGCUUCAGUGUGUGGAAAAGAAACUGCCCGUCAUGUGCUCGUGAGAGAAAUCAUGCAUUUAUCUGCGGUUAAAGAAGUACCGGAGGACUGGUCGUCAUGACCAGACAAGAUAGGAGAGAGGAAACCCCAGAAAUGUGCUCUUCUCUGUUUGCUCUCUGGAUAGGCAUCACCUGCUUGGAGUGGAUCCAAGUAUUGACUAUACCCAGAUUCACUUUUUGCUUAAUAGGUUCUUAAUUGUCACCACUGGAUGGACGUCUGGUUCAGUCACAGAUGUGAAAAUAAAUGGAAGUUGAUUGUCUAGAAAGUGAAAGAAAAAAAAAGCUGAUCCUUUUCUGCUGGAUGUUUGAUAUUGGAAAUAACUGCACCCUCACUAGUGCGGCACUCUAUAGAACCUGCCUCUCCAUUAAUAAAGUCUGUAGAGUUCUGCAGACUCUAGAACUGUUGGGGGGCUCUGCUUGGUUUCUUUUGGGAGCAUUUUUGAGAGGUGGGUGUCCAUGCCUGUCUCAACCAGGACCAGACCCUGUGGCUUGUUAGGCAAUAACCAGUGUUCACUGUCUCAGUCCACAAAAGCCUCAUUGAUUAAAAAAAAAAAAAAAGAACCGAGUUCCUUUAUUUAUUCAUUCCAAAUGGGAUGGAAAUCCCUUUUCUGCUCAGAUUUCCUCUGAGGAGGGGCAGGACAUCCCUACCCCCACCCUUCAUGUCUUAACUUCUUAGACAACAAAUCCAUCCUCAGCAGCUGCCUGAGGACUGCUCAGUAGCAAUGAGUAAAGCAAGUCUUCCUCUCAGAAAACACUCAUAUGCAAGGACCUCUGAUGUCAUCAGAUAUGUCUGCUGUGUGUGCUUGAUAGAUACUUCUGACCCUUUUCUCUUCACUCUGGUUAUCUGUAGCAAAGAGAUGGUCCCUUCUCGCAAGGUUUAUACCCAGAGGCCAUUUGUUUUGGCAAGUUUCAGGCUCUCACAAGCAUUUAGAUACUCAAAUUAGGUCAAAUGGGUGGGAGGAUAGGGUGGGGACAAGAAGUGCCUAGGGCCUAAACAUCAUGUGGGUUAGUACAAUUUAAUGGUUAAGAGCAAACACUCUGGAGUCAGACCUGGAUUCAAGUCCUGACAUCAUCAUAAACAAUGUAACUCAUACUAUUUAACCAUCUUGAUCCUUAGUUUCCUUACCUGUAAAAUAUGGAUAAUGAUACCUAUGUCUCAGAGGUGUUAAGGCUUAAGAGAAAACCUAGGUAAAGUGUUUCUUUCGCACAGAGCCCCAUACAUAGAAGGUGUUCAGUAUGGUAGCUAUCAGGAGAUUUUACAGGACCUUUAAGAGAGGGGGGUCAUAAGGCUGGGCUACAUUUGAAGUGAAAUGUGUCAAGAUCGGAGGCUGCUCUGCAGAAGCACAUGAUCGCUGGAUGUCUCAGCUUUUUGCCCGUCAUUUCCUUUUGCCUCGAUUUCGCCUGUUCUUUCUAUCUUUUCUGUUCCUCCCAGUUCCCAUAAGUUUCUAUGUGCCAUGACACCAUGUGGCUCUGAUUCUCUUGGUUUGUCUUAGUUGAGACUGUACAGUGGGGAAUCUGGUCCAGCUCCUCUUUCUAUACUAGGCCAUAGAGGUUUCCAGCCAACGCUUGGAUUGGACUCCCUUGGGUUACAUACUCAUCCUGGUUCAUCAGCUGGAGUUAGGAGUGAAGCUCGUAUGGUUCCUGCACCAGCAUCUGUGGGCCUGGUAGAGCCAUUGGGAGUGGGGAAACAGUGGGGCAGUGUGGCAUUUGUGGUACUACCAGCAUAGAGAGGAUCUCUGUUGAGCUUGUAUCAUGGUUCCUUGAAAGACUUCUACUUUAUAAGCACUAUCAUAGGCCGGAGUGUAUCAUCCCUUGCAUAAAGGACCUGGAGCUGCUAUUUAUGUAUCUGGCAAAAGGAGUCAUCUGUCACUUUCCAGGGUGUUAUUCUUCCUGUUCUGGCUCUGCUCCAGUUACUUUAAUUCUGGCCACAAUCAUCUGUAUAAAUACACACACACAUAUACAGUGACUUUUGUCAACUUGGCCAAUUCAACUGGCUCUUCAAAACAAAACAAUUAUUUCACUGGUAAGACCAACGACCCAUUAAAGGCAGAUAGAUACAGCCCGAAUGAGAGAAGCCUCAAAUGCAGUGAGCUGUAAUGUUCUCAAAGAUCGCCAGGUCACAUUUCAAAUAAAAUAUCUGAUAAAACCUCAUUGAA